AUGCGCCGACUACUGCUCAUGAGCCCCCAGGGCAAAGGCAAGGCCAAGGGCAAGAUGGGCGGAGUGGAUGGAGGGACACGUGUGAGGAGAAGAGCUGGGGAUGGUUGGUUGGAAGAGGGUGGGAAGGAGUUGGAGGAAGAAGUAGUGGAAAUAGAGGAGGAUGAGAGGGGGGAGAAUGCAAAGGAGAAUAGGAGGGAGGAUAUGAGAGAGGAGGAUGAGGAUAGUGACGAGGUAAGGGAAGUGGAGCAGGAAGAUGGGAAGGCAGGGGAAAUGCAAGUGCAAAGGAGUGCAACGGAGUGGAAAGGAGCAGAAAAGAAUGAUGAAGAAAGGAGUGGUGCUGCCCUAUGUGCGGUUGAUGGUGGCUUGCAGGAGGCAACCCAAGAUGAGUGGGCAGGAAAGAAUCAUGGCGAGGGGGAGGGCAAGGAGGCGGCGUUGGAGGCGGCAGCGAGGGAGCUGGAGCGGUGGUUUGACAAGCGCGACUUUGCUAGCAUGGCCGUGAUUGGCCAGUUCAACCUUGGGUUCAUCAUUGGACGGCUGGGAUCUGAUCUCUUCAUUGUGGACCAGCAUGCAUCGGAUGAGAAGUUCAACUUUGAGCGCCUCAUGCGAUCCACAGUGCUCAACAGGCAACGGCUGCUCAUGUGA